AUGGCCGCAGCGUCGCGCUCGUUAGCGCUCCUUCAGAGCUCCUCACAGACCUUAAAACUAGCGCCCGGCAAUGCCGUUACUAGCGGCAGCAGAAGCCUCACAGGUAACCAGUGCCAGUCGCUGGUCUCGCGACCGUUGAUCCCCGCAAUUCGCCAGCCAGACGCACCUGCAACCAGGCGAAUUCGUGGUCCGAUCAAGGUGCAGGCCGGGCUAGAUAAGCUCGGGUUCCUGGGUCGACUAGGCCGGGUGAUUAAAGAGAAGGCGCAGAGCGAUUUCGACCGUGUGUUCAAGGGUGUAACUAAAACGAGGGAGAGCCUGAAGGUUGUGGACGAGCUCUUGACGUAUUGGAAUCUAAACGAGGCGGACAAUAUUCUGGAAGAGCUGGAGGAGGCCCUCAUAGUGGCGGAUUUCGGGCCGCGCACUGCGAUUCGCAUUGUGGACGGCAUCCGGGAGGAGAUUAAAGCGGGACAGCUUAAGACUGGCAAAGAGAUUAAAGAAGCGCUGAAGCGCGCCAUUGUGAAGCUCCUCACGGAAAAAGCGCCCGUCACCGCGCUGGAGCUGGGGACCAGCAAGCCGGCAGUGGUGAUGAUUGUGGGCGUGAAUGGCGGUGGCAAGACCACCACCAUUGGCAAGCUGUCGCAUCGGUUCAACAACGAGGGGGCUAAGGUGCUGCUGGCAGCGGGAGACACGUUCAGGGCGGCAGCGAGCGAGCAGCUGGAGGUGUGGGCGGAGAGGACAGGCGCAUCGAUUCUCACUGCAGAGGGGGAGAAGACCAGACCUGCCACGGUGCUGGCGAAUGCGGUGCGCAAGGCAAGCAACGAGGGCUUUGACAUUCUCCUUGCUGACACCUCUGGCCGGCUGCACACCAACUUCAACCUGAUGGAGGAGCUCAAGGCGUGCAAGCGAGCCGUGGCCAAGACCCUACCCGGCGCUCCCAAUGAGGUGCUGCUGGUGUUGGACGGCACCACGGGACUCAACAUGCUGCCACAGGCACGAGAAUUCAACCAGGCUGUCGGGGUGACAGGCUUUGUCCUUACCAAGCUGGAUGGCACGGCACGGGGCGGCUGUGUGGCGAGUGUGGUUGACGAUUUGGGCAUUCCAGUUAAGUUUGUGGGCGUGGGGGAGGGCAUGGAGGACCUUCAACCCUUCAAUGCCGAGGCGUUUGUUGACGCUCUCUUUCCUUCGUAA